AUUAAUGAAAUAACCCGACCCGACCCGGGAAACUGAAAGUUAAGAAAAGGGUCUCUCGGGCUUCAGGGCACGAAAUAGAGUUCUACUGGAUUUAAGUGAGGGGGAGCUGAAGGCGUCGUGUUUCGUGUCUCUGAUCAGGGUUGAAGUGGGAUUGUGAGUACUGAGCAGAGUUGGAGGUUGGAUUUGAGGAAUGGGAGAGCAGGAGGUUAAGCAGCUUGAGGAUUGCACAGUUGCCAAUGCAUUGGGCACUUGGGUAUUCUCAGUAGCAGGAGCUUUGCUAGCAAUUCCUGUGGGGAUCAAAAGGAAAUCUUUAGGGCCACUUGUGUUCUUUGGCACAACUGGUACCAUGCUUGACAUCAUCAUUGGAAUCACUCAGUGUGAAAGAGAACAUGCAGAACGCCAAGCAAAGCUAGCAGAAGCCCAAAACUCUGCAGCCAAUGCUUCCAUUUCUGAGGCCGGAACCGAGUAUUCAUCUCUUUCUGAAACUGGAGCGGAGUCUUCGACUUGACAUAUGGAGCAAUAUGCACCAUGUUUGGACUGCUCUCAGAUUUUACUGUAAAAACUGAAUACUUUUUUCUGAAUUACCUGUGGUUUCGGUUCUGCCUUCACUUUCACAUGAGUUAAUAAUCAUACCAAAGUAACUUCAUUUCAUCUCUAUUGCUUGUAAUUUCCAGGAGUUCAUUCCAUGCAGAGAUUUAUGUUGCCUUUGUCUUCAAUUUUGUAAAACUCUCAAAGCACCUUUCGUGGUGACUGAGUUGGCCCAGGUUGUUUAGUUUUGUUCAACUUCUGGAAAAUAUCUCAGGCUACCACUGUAGACGAUGCAGUUGUCUCCCUUAGUUCUGCAUCAAUUUAAUACUGAAUUUCAAGAAAACC